GAUAUGGUGGAGGUCAUUUUGAUCAACAGAAAGAAGAAAGUGUGGGAUUAUAAUUAUGAUGAUGAAAGUGACAACGACAAUGAAGCAGCCCCCAGGACAAGUGCUGGGGGCUACACCAUGCAUGGACUAACAGGCAGGCUUCUGAGUCAGGCCCCUGCCUCCUCAGCUGGGACCUCUGAGGAGUCCCAGUUUGUGGACCCAGACUCUGAGGAGCUGCCUGAAUUACCCGACGCUGAUGCUGAGCCCCUCAUGGUGCUGGGGCCCUGCCCCUGGCAGUCAGAACACACAAGUGGGUCUUAUGAGAGGAGAGAAAGUCCACUCCAGGACCCCUUUCCUGAUGAGGACAGUAGCUCCCUUGAGGGGUCUGGAGACAAAAUUAUCUUCAAUGUGGAUUUAAACUCUGUGUUUAUAAGAGUCCUCAAUGACGACCCAGAAGAAGCCCCUCUGAUGUCAUUAUCUCUUCCAGAAGAGAAAGACAACUUAGAGGAUCCCAAUGAAACGGAAUCAAGCCUUCUGGUGACCACAGGGGAAGGGACACAGCCACCCUACGCUGGCCCCUCUUCAGAAAGCCUGUGUCCUGAAGAUGCUCCAUCAGAUAAAAGUGACACUUCAUUAGGAAUGGUGCCACCUCCUGAAAAUGUCAGAAUGAAUUCAGUUAAUUUCAAGAACAUUCUACGGUGGGAGUCACCAGCUUUUCCUAAAGGGAAUCUGACUUUCACAGCUCAGUACCAAAGUUAUAGGGGAUUUCAAGAUAUAUGCAUGAGUACUGCCUUGACGGAAUGUGAUUUCUCAAGUCUUUCCAAGUAUGGAGACCACAUUUUGAGAGUCAGGUCUGAAUUUGCCGACGAGCAUUCAGACUGGGUAAACAUCACCUUCUGUCCUGUGGAUGACACCAUUAUUGGACCUCCUGGAAUGCAAGUAGAAGCGCUUGCCAAUUCUUUACAUUUGCGUUUCUUAUCCCCCAAAAUUGACAACGAACCCGAAACAUGGACUAUGAGGAAUAUUUAUAACUCAUGGACGUAUAAUGUGCAAUACUGGAAAAAUGGUACUGAUGAAAAGUUUCAGAUUACUCCUCAGUAUGACUCUGAGAUCCUCAGAAACCUGGAGCCAUGGACCACUUAUUGUGUUCAAGUUCAAGCCUUCCUCCUCGAUUGGAACAAAACGGGGGAAUGGAGUGAGCCUGUCUGUGAGCAAACAACCAGUGAUGAUACGAUGCCCUCCUGGCUAGUGGCCAUCCUCCUCCUCGCCUCUGUCUUUGCCGUCUUCCUGGUGCUUCUCGGCUGCUCCGCCUUGCUUUGGUGCAUUUACAAGAAGACGAAGUACAUCUUCUCCACCAGGAAUUCCCUUCCACAGCACCUCAAAGAGUUUUUGGGCCACCCUCAUCACAGCACGCUUCUGUUUUUCUCCUUCCCACUCUCUGAUGAGAAUGAUGUUUUUGACAAACUAAGCGUCAUCACAGAAGACUGUGAAAACCACAAGCAGAAUCCUGGUGACAGCUCUGGCCUCAGGACUCCCCCUGGGCCAGGACCCCUGGAGCUAGUCUCUAAGGAAGAAACACACAGGUGGACACAGUGACCCCUGCUUCUCACAUCUGCCUCAUGGGGUGAUCAGAACAACAGACAGGCUCUAAGAUCACCUGAGCAAACCCCACAUCUAGAACUCUCAGACACUGGACAAACCUGAACAACCAAUGAGCUAGAUUUUAAAGAUUCACCUGGUAAAAAUAUUCCAUCUUGGGAACUCACUGCUUUCUAAAGGCUUUAAUGAUUAAAAAAAAAAAAAAAGACCACUGAGAAGUAUAAUUUUCAGCCUCUUAUACUCACUAAAAUAAAGACCACAUUUUAAUUGUGAGAAGAAUAUUUAAAAGGAAUGAAAAUGGAGAUGCUGUAAAAUCCUGCCAAACUGCCAAUAGACCAUCUGAAAAACACCCUCACCUCAAAAGUGGUCAGCACAGCACUGUACAGACGCAGACCUUUUGUAUUCUCGGGGAUAUUUUGACUAGAUUUAUUUUUCUACCUGUACACAUUUUACAUACUUCUGGUGCUCUAUUAAAGUUUUACUCUCUAUUUAAUUGUA